GGUCUCCCUUCAUCGCCAGGACCGAGUCUCAAAGCGACCUGCCGUCUAUAUCCUCCGCGUCUCUCGACGUCGCUUUCCACCCCGCCCCUCGCCUUCCCUGUCCCGUUCCCUUGCCUUACCUCUCGCUACCCGCAUCGGCGGUGCCAUUGGCGGACCAGUGAAUAUAUCACCGGCGGCUACAAGAACUGCGGCUCGCAAGAUGGCUGCAAGCGUCACUAUCCUGGGAUUCCAGUCGUCGCUCGGCCGAGUCAUAAGCGAUUUGCGAAACAGGAACGAUUCUGUCAGAGCAAGAGCCGGCCCUGCUCUGCGCGAGCUGGUUGUAUCAGCUUCGCGCCAUCUCUCGGGCGAGUCCUUUGCAAAGUUCCUGAAUGAUGUCAACAGGCGGAUAUUCGAGCUUAUCCACAGCACCGACGCCUCAGAUCGGAUCGCUGGCGUCUUGGCCAUCGACAGCCUGAUUGACUCUGAGGGUGAAGAAAGUACUACAAAGCUCAAGCGAUUCGCCAACUACUUACGCGACGUGCUCCCCAGCAACGAGAACUACUUGACCGCCCAGGCUGCCAAAACCCUCGGUCGAUUGGUCCAAGCUGGCGGCACGGCUACCACUGACAUUGUCGACAAUGAGUUGCGGCGAGCUCUGGACUGGUUGCAAGGCGAUCGAAACGAAAACAAGAGAUACGCGUCCGCACUGAUCAUUGCCGAACUCACGCGAACGUCGCCCGGGGUCGUCUUCGGAUCGCUGGUGCUACUUGUCGAUAGUAUCUGGGUCCUGCUGAGAGACCCAAAGGCACUCAACCGAGAAGCCGGUGUUACAGCCCUGAGUGCCAUGCUUCAGAUGAUGUCCGAGCGACCUGAGCGAGACGCUCAGCAGCGGCGACAAUGGUACCGCAAGAUAUUCGAAGAGUGCCAGAAAAACUUCAAGUCGGGGACAAACGACAGCAUCCAUGCCUCCCUCCUGGUCUACCAGGAGCUCCUGUUGCACUCUGGAGAGUUUAUGGCAUCACGCUAUUCCGAAGUCUGCGAUGCAGUUUCGAAGCACAAGGAGCAUCGCGAUACCCUAGUUCGCAAGACUGUCAUCUUGCUUAUUCCGACUCUGGCGGCGUACGAUACACGGAGCUUCGUCGAUAGCCACUUCAGCAUCUGGAUGAACUAUCUCUUUACCCAGCUCAAGAGGGAAAAGGACCGCUCUGGAGCAUUCAUCGCCAUCGGAAAGAUCGCCAUCGAAGUAGGCCACAGUAUCGGCCCCUAUCUCGAUAGCAUCCACCUCAUUAUCAAGGAGCAUCUUUCCACAAAGGGAAAGAACCGAUCCGCCAACGAAGUCGCCAUAUAUCAGUGCAUGAGCAUGCUUGUGCUGACUGUCGGGCCGGCCCUCACAAAGUACCUCCACGAGCUGCUGGACUCGAUGUUUUCGGCCGGGAUUAACGAUGCUCUGUAUCAGUUGCUCGUGGAUUUAUCGCACCAAAUACCGGCUAUUCUGCCAGCUAUACAAGAUCGCUUGAUCCAGGUUCUCUAUAUGAUCUUGUGCGGCCAACCGUUCCGCUGGUAUGGCCAUUCAGGAGGCAUGCAGAGCGCUGCUAGCAUUAUGCGGGACUCGCUGCCACCAGAUCUCCGCGACGUUGACAACAUCGUGCUAGCUCUGGAGAUUCUUGGAAAUUUCAAUUUUUCAGGAUGCCCACUGAACGAAUGGGCUUGCGAAGCGGUGAUGCCGUAUCUGGACGACGAAAACUCCAGCAUCCGCCUUGCUGCUACACUCACCGCUGGGAACAUUAUGUUGGAGCUUGUCGAAUUGGGUGAAAAAUCCAACAUCGACGUUCUGGCAAUACUGUGCGAGAAGAUCCUGGCGAUUGGUGUCUCUGACCUUGACAGCAGCAUUCGAUGCGUUGCACUGUCGAUCCUCGAUGAGCGUUUUGAUCACUAUCUGUCUCUCUCCGACCACGUGCGAGCCUUGUCUGUGGCAGUGAACGACGAAGAGUUUAUCGUGCGCGAAGCGGCCAUUGCAAUCAUUGGACGACUCACGAUCCGCAAUCCGGCCACGGCCAUGCCUUCGUUCCGCAAGUCGCUGAUCCAGAUACUGACUGAGCUGGAAUACAACCCAACGAGCCAUCAAAAAGAAGAGAGUGCCAAGUUGCUGUCGAGGCUGGUUUCAUCGUGCAAACGGGCGGCGUCCCCAUACAUUGAGUCGGUCCUCAAGGCCCUGAUCUCGAAUGCACAUACCUCGAACGACAACGUAUCUGCGCAUAUCAUCACAGCACUCGGCGAGCUCUCUGAUAUCGGUGGCGAUGCCUUGGUUGCUCAGCUGGAUGACAUCUUCAACAUCAUCUUUGAAGUUCUCGAGAGCCCAAGCAGCCAAAUCAAACGCGAAGCUGCACUACGAGCCAUAUGCAAGCUGGCAGGCACAGCGGGGGCCUUCUUGGAUACUGCUCUGGCACCAAAAAACUCAGGCAUCAGCGGCCGAGGCUCAAAGCGAAAGGAGUUGCUCACGAUGAUGAUUGCGUUACUCAAGUCAGAGCCAUCACAAGCGAUUCGAUCGGAGAUUGUCAAGGUCAUGGGCGUGCUUGGGGCAUUGGAUCCUCACGCGCUCAAGGCGCAUACCAAUCCUUCCAGCGCCUCGCGACAACCUGGCGACUCGGCUGUGCCGCCCCAAUCUAGCGGAAGGCUGACUGAAGAAUACAGCGCCUCGGUUGCUGUGACUGCGUGUGUCAAGAUUCUCAAGGACCCGACUCUGAGUAUCCACCACACCACUGUUGUUCAAGCGGUGAUGUACAUGUGCAAGGUCUCGGGAAACAAGAUCGCGCCACUUCUUCCCCAGAUCGUUCCCACCCUCCUCCAAGUGAUGAGAAACAGCCCCCCCGCUCUGCAUGAGUUUUUCUUCCAGCAGCUAUCUAGUCUGGUCGCGAUCGUCAAGGGCGAUGUCCAAGAAUACCUCGCCGACAUCGUCAAGCUUGUGCAGGACUUUUGGGCGGCCGCUACAAGCAUCCGCCCAAUGAUCUUGACACUCCUCGAAUCGCUCGUGCUCGUCUUGGAUCGGGAUUUGAUCAUUUUCAUUCCUGUGCUCCUCCCGAUGCUUCUGCAAGCGCUUGAAGCGGAUGCAAACGAGGGUCGCGCAGUAACUCAAAAGGCGCUGCAGGUGAUCCUGCGCUUUGGAUCCAAUCUUGAAGAGUUUCUGUAUCUCGUUAUCCCGUCGAUCACUCGGCUCUUUGAUCAGCCCGAGAUUCCCUCUGUUGUGCGCAAACAGGCCAUUCUCACCGUGCGACAGCUAUGCCCACAUGUCAGCUUUGCCCAUCAAGCUUCGCGCAUCAUACAUGGGCUUGUGCGCGUGCUCAGCAUACCAUCGAGUGAAAUACGCACGGCCGCCAUGGACACCAUCUGCACACUGAUCUACCACCUGGGCAUCGAUUUCGCCAUUUUCAUUCCCACCAUCAACAAAGUGAUGCAGAAGAAUCAGAUCCAGCACGAGCGAUACGACAUGCUCGUGGGUCGACUUUUGAAGGGUGAGCAACUUCCACAUGACCUUGGUGAAGAACAAAAACCAGCAGACUCCGUGGACGAUGCCUCUGGCGACAGCUUGCCCAAGCGCCUGCCCGUAGAUCACCAGCGCGUUACCAAGGCUGCCGAAGUGAAUCCGCGCGGGAGCCGCGAGGACUGGACGGAAUGGAUGCGUCGAUUCAGCUUGGAGCUGCUGAAGGAAUCGCCAUCCCAAGCUCUUCGCGCUUGCGCGGGUGUAGCUUCGGUUUACCACCCGCUGGCGCGAGAGCUAUUCAACACUAGCUUUGUGGUGCUCUGGAGCUCGGUUUUCGAUCAAGUGCAGGACGAAAUCAUCAGGUCCCUCAAGAUUGCAAUCAAGUCCCAAACCACACCGCCUGAUAUUUUGCAAAUGUUGCUCAAUCUCGCCGAAUUUAUGGAGCAGGAGGACACACCGCUUCCCAUUGAUAUCGGGACACUAGGCGACUGCGCCGAGCACAUCCACGCCUAUGCCAAGGCUCUGCAUUACCGCGAGCUCGAGUUCAUAUCCGAGCCUCUGGGCAAGACCACAGAGGCACUGCUUUCCAUCAGCCACCAGAUUCAGCAGCCUGAUUUCACCAUCGGCAUUUUGACAUAUGCACCGCAAGUGAUUGACCUUGGCCUGGAUGUCCGACUCAAAGAAUCAUGGCUUGAAAAGCUGCAACGUUGGGAAGACGCACUCGCCUUCUACGAGCGACGAGAAAGAGAGGAGCCCGGUCUCCUCGAGGCCAUUGUUGGCAAGAUCAGGUGCUUGCAUAAUCUGCACCAAUUCGACGAGAUAUUGAGUUUCACCAAGGAGAAAUGGGCAGGCGCACCCGAGGCCACCCGCAAAGCCCUUGCGCCAUAUGCGACAGCUGCCUCUUGGGGUCUUGAGCAAUGGGAUUUAAUGGAAGAGUACAUUGUCCUUAUGAAGCCCGACACAACCGAUACAACGUUCUUCCGUGCCAUUUUGGCUCUUCACCAUGCCAUGUUCACAGAGGCUAUGCUCUACAUCAACAAGACGCGCGAACUGAUGAGCAACGAGCUGAUCGCCACCAUUUCCGAAAAUUAUGAUCGCGCGUACAGCCUCAUUGUUCGCGUUCAGGUUCUGGCUGAGCUGGAAGAAAUGAUCGUAUACAAGCAGAGCUACGACAUUCCAGAGAAGCAGCGGUUGAUACGACAGGCAUGGAUAUCGAGGCUGGAUACUUGCCAAAAAAACGUAGAUAUAUGGCAUCGAAUCAUCAAUGUUCGACGGCUUGUAAUUUCUCCUCGCGACGACAUCGAUACGUGGAUAAGCUUUGCGGAUUUGUGUCGAGAGGGAGGACGAAUCAACCUCUCCGAGAAAAACCUUGUAAUGCUGUUGAUUGCGCCAGUAUCAAGUUUAUUGACUGUGGAUCUGACUGCCAAUGAUCCCAAAGUCGUGUUCGCCUGUAUAAAGCAUAUCUGGGCCACAGGCGAGCAACAAAAGGCGUACGAAACCCUGAAGCUCUUCACCAAUUCAAUCGUUGUCAAGCUCGGCCAGCGCGGCCGAGCGACACGAUCAUCCGAGAGUUGCCAAGUUGGCCAUACUGCAGAAAAGUCCAUCAUCGCAGAGUGCUAUCUCAAGCUGGGCGAGUGGAAACAGCAGAUGCAUACAGAAAUUGAUGAGACGAUUAUUCCGGAUAUAUUAGAGUCUUAUAGAGAAGCCAAGCACUAUGACCGAGACCGCUACAAAGCCUGGCAUGCUUGGGCCCUGUUCAACUUCGAGGCAUUGUCCUACUAUCAGAAGGCGGAAAGGACGCCCUCAACGAUUGUCAUCGCAUAUGCUGUGCCAUCUAUUCAAGGAUUUUUCCGUUCGAUUGCCCUUUCGAAGGGUAAUUCGCUGCAAGACACUUUGCGUCUAUUGACUCUCUGGUUUCGGUAUGGCUAUCAGAGCCAUGUAAACGCUGCUAUCCGAGAGGGCUUUGAUAACGUCAGCCUCGACACUUGGUUGCAAGUCAUACCACAGCUCAUUGCAAGAAUUCAUACCCCGGGUCCAGAAGUUCGAAGCUUGAUUUAUCAGCUCCUGGCCGAUAUUGGAAAGCAACACCCACAAGCCAUCGUCUACUCGCUCAUGGUGGUCUUGAAGUCGCAGAGUGUCCCGCGGAUUAAAGCAGCGAUGGCUAUCCUCGACAAGAUGCGAAUCCACAGUGCCAAUCUUGUCGAUCAGGCUCUUAUGGUCAGCCAGGAGUUGAUUCGGGUAGCAAUCCUGUGGCAUGAGAUAUGGCAUGCUGGACUGGAAGAAGCCGCGCGACAGUGCUUCCGCGAGCCUGUGGAUAUUGAAGGGAUGCUCGAGACACUCAAGCCUCUUCAUCAAGUGCUUGCCGACGGUCCUGAAACCCAACGUGAGAUAUGGUUCUACCAUUCAUUUGGCAGAGAUCUCCAAGAAGCCGGUGAUUGGUGCGCUCGAUAUCGGCUCAGCGGCGACAUGAACGAUAUCAACCAAGCCUGGGAUCUGUAUUUCCACGUUUUCCGAAAACUUGACAAGCAAUUCAAUCAGCUCACGACACUCGAGCUUCAGAGCGUCUCUCCAAAACUCUUCAAUGCGCGAAAUCUGGAGCUCGCCAUUCCAGGUAGCUACAAAAGCGGAGAGCCUGUGAUCAACAUAGAAUCAUUUGCACCAACCUUGACUCGAAUGACAUCAAAGCAAAAGCCACGACGCCUCAAGAUUAAGGGCAGCGACGGAAAGGAUUAUGAGUUUUUGCUGAAGGGCCACGAGGAUCUCCGCCAAGACGAAAGAGUCAUGCAACUGUUCGGACUCGUGAACACUCUCCUUGCGAUGGAUGCGGAAACAUUUAAGAGACACCUUUCGAUCCAGCGAUACCCGGUUAUCCCGCUCUCGCAAAACUCUGGCUUGAUUGGCUGGGUCUCGGACUCGGAUACGCUUCACUCCCUCAUCAAAGACUAUCGGUCUGCUCACAACGAGCCAGUUGACAAAGAAAUUCGGUCCAUCCGACAGCUCUGCGGUGGGCUCUACGAUAACUUGGCACUGUUGCAAAAAGUCGAGGUCUUCAGUCACACCUUGGAGCUUAAUGCGGCAGGACCAGAUUUGUACAAAAUCUUGUGGCUCAAGAGCAAGAACUCAGAGAUCUGGCUUGAGCGAAGAACCAACUACAGCCGGUCUCUGGCCACGAUGUCCAUGGUCGGUUACAUCCUCGGUCUUGGUGACCGCCACCCGUCCAACUUGAUGCUCCAUCAAUUUACGGGCAAGGUCAUCCAUAUCGACUUUGGCGACUGCUUCGAGGUAGCAAUGCACCGCGACAAGUUUCCAGAAAAAGUUCCCUUCAGACUGACAGGAAUGCUCAUCAAUGCCAUGGAGGUCAGCGGCAUCGAAGGCCACUUUCGAAUCACCUCCGAGCAUGUCAUGAGGGUUCUCAGGGAUAACAAAGACAGCUUGAUGGCUGUCCUCGAGGCAUUUGUAUAUGAUCCCUUGCUCAACUGGAAGCUACUCAGCAAAGGCAAUACUGAAAACGCGUCGGCGGACAGCAGCCCCGUUCGGCCGAAUGCCAGUCCCGAUGACGCCAGUGCGAUGCUCAACAGCCGCAAAAGUCCCAGAAGAGAUGCCGAGCCUGACGAUGACCCAGAUGGCACCAGCCAACCCGAGCUACUCAACGCCCAGGCCCUAAGUGUUGUCAGUCGUAUAUCAAACAAAUUAACAGGACGAGACUUCAAGCCCAACGUGGUCUUGGAUGUUCCCUCACAAGUGCAGAAGCUGAUUAUGGAAGCAACAUCGCUCGAAAACUUGUGUCAGUGUUUCCAAGGCUGGUGCGCGUUUUGGUAGUCAAGGCAUGAUCGGCCCUCACUUACAGGGAAUAUGACCUUCGGUCCUUCGACCGAUAUCGAGCGGUUCAAGACUCUCGACCGAGCGUGUUCCGCUUGCAUAAAUAUCGCACUAGAAUGCGUGGAUUAUGCUUGUGACGAUAUGGACUGUGGCUUGAACGCUGCAUCCAGCAGAGAGCACGACCUGCCUUUUAUCGCUGUGUUCGCGUCGUCUGUGAUCUCCUGUAUCCAGCAGGUCAUUUACAAGAGAAUAGCUUCGGUAGCCUCCGAGUACAUGUAGGAUUUGUAUUUAAAUCUUACAGAUUCGAUGCAUCUCACACAAAAAGCGAGAUCUGCGGCGAUUGCGAUAUAUUAUGUUAAGCCGCUAUGGCAUCAGUGAUGAGCGCUCAGCUAUGGCGAUGGCUAUUACCCUCCUCUCCGAACGGUCUGUUCCAAUCAAGAUCCGAGUCAGC